CACAGACAGCGUGCACGAAGCCUGGAACUCGGCGUUGUAGCCUGGCCCCGAACAGACAACCUGCAUACAGCAACUCUAUAUUCAGGCUCAUCAUGUCCCUCCAGAAUGUCUGGCAUCAUCGCAAAGUGGCCGAGAACGCCAAAAAGGCCUGUUGGAUCUGCUACAAGCCUACAGAGAGCGUAUUGAUAACUCCCGAUAACAAAGACUUCUUUUACAUUUGCACUGGUCACCUUUCCGAUCGUGGGUUCUGCCAACCCGACGCAGAUGAAGCGGCCGCUGCUGCAGCACGCAAAAAGAAAGAAGAGCUCGAUAGAGAGAUCGAAAUAGUGAAGAAGGAGUAUGAAGAAAAGCAGAAGUUGAAGCGUGAGAAGCGCAAGGCAAAACAGAAGGAGAAAGAAAAGGACAAGGAUAAGGGGAAAGACGGUGAAACGAAUAAGACCGACGAACAGGAGGAUAAAGAUGACGAGAAGAAGAAAGAUGACAAGAUUAAGGAACUUUCACAGUCCAAAGAAAAGGCUCAAGACGAUCUCGGACCUCGGAUAUUUGCGCUUCAGAAAAAUUUCCACCAAAUGCGGCUGGAUAGAAUCCGCAAUGCAGAGAUCGCAAAGCGCAAUCGCGAGCGACUCAGCAAUCCAUCCAACUUCCCGUCUCCACCAAGUAACCUUCCAUAGCUUAUAAUCUGUCAUAAGCGUGUCUCAGAUAUCAGAGUAAGCUAAUAGAAUCUUUUCAUAGAUGAGUAAACGUGACUCAUUGACGUUAGUACUUUCAAUCAAUACUCUCACGUACUACACAUAUGAGCUAAGACCUACUCGGAUCCUAUCCGAGGUUCUGACUAGGAAUACUUCGUAAUAAUUACUGUACGCAGACUCACACUUCUGCAUUGACACAUUCUUAGAUGAAUUCUCUCUAUAUUUUCUAGAAUGGGCUUUUUGAGAGAUGAAGCGGCCGCAACCGUCCUCGGACCAGACAAAUGCUUUUGCUUUCCACUUCCUCAUCGCUCUACGAUCAAACCACAGGACCGGCGAGUUCCCUCAUCUAUACCACCCAUUAGUGACACAGUAAGAUAUGUUUUCACUCUUACCACUCCAUAUUCGUGUAAAAAAAGAAUUACGGGUCUCGUUACCCGCGUUUUGCGCCCAAGUCAGCACGCAUGUACGGCCCCAUCGCGUACAACUACCAAUUUACGAAUUGUCCAACCACACUCAGUCAUCCUGCCAAGUCCCUCCAUCCCAACUAACAUCACCACCCACAUUCAUACAUUCCUACAUAUGGCUACAUACAGUAUGCAGUAU